AUGUCAGAUGUUUGCUUCGUUCCCUUUGAUAGUGUUGUUGAUACCACUUUUUGGCAUAUCCUUUCAAAGAAGAAACUAGAAUACUAUCGUCUUAAUGAGGGUCCAUUCCCACUAUUUGGGCAAUUCACAAACGGUACACCUCCUGGUGUAUCUCCGAGAAUGAAUUUGGAUUACGCUAGUAUGAACGAAAGUGAAGCAUCUCCUGGUGGAAAUUUGUUCAAUGUUGCUGGAUACGUUUAUGUUCUUAAUACGAUCGAAUCAUUCCGACAACUGGACAAAAAGGCACACAUAAAUAAAUUUGGCCGUCAAUAUAUUUGUGAGGAGUCUAUCAAUGUUCAACAUGAUUUCCUAAGCCGUCCUAAUAAAUUGCUCCUCUUUUCACUUUUAACCUACUGUGAUCUGAAACAUCACAAAUUCUACUACUGGUUUGCAUUUCCGGCUGUUAAGCAGAAUAAUAGGCCAAAACUUAUUGUCAAAACGUCUAUUGAGGAGGAAUUUACAGAAUCUCAGAUGACAUCUCUCCUUCAGAGUUAUGAUAACUGGCGAAGACAGUCUUCCGAUGCCUUCUUUUGUUUGAAUUCCACCGCAGAUGGCCUGGAAGUCACCAACCUCAUUGCCCUCGACUUGGAAGAUGAGAGCCAAUACAUUGGUUACUGUGACCCUUCAAGUCAUGAGGAGUACCCUGGUUGGGGUCUUCGAAAUCUACUCUAUGCACUUUCCACCACCGUGAAAGAACCUCGUCGAAUUAAAGUACUGUGUUUCCGUGAUCGAUACACCAAUCAGAAGCGUGUAAUCUCCAGCAGUAUCAUUCUAGAAAUCGAAAUUCAACCUGAAAUUUUGAGUGAUGAAGUCAAUUUUGUAGGAUGGGAGAAGCACAAUGAUAAAUUACAACCAUGUCUUGCAAAUCUCAGCGCUUCUAUGGAUCCAGUUAAACUAGCUGACUCUGCCGUAGAUCUCAACUUGAAACUAAUGCUGUGGCGAUUUCUACCGAAUUUCGAUUUGGAUGUUCUUCACAAAACAAAAUGUCUCAUUCUUGGAUCGGGUACUUUGGGUUGCAAUGUCGCAAGACAAUUGCUCGCUUGGGGUUGUCGUAACAUUACAUUUGUGGAUAACUCCACAGUCUCCUACUCGAAUCCUGUUCGACAAACUCUUUUUACUUUCGAGGAUGCUAAAAGUGGAGUCCAGAAGUCGAUGGCAGCGGCUGAAGCUAUUAAAAGAAUUCUUCCCACUGUGAAUGCUAGUUGUCACACUUUCACUAUUCCAAUGCCUGGCCAUGCAGUUUCCAAUGCGUCUGCUGGACCAGACGCCAAUAGACAAAUUACAAUGGCUCGAGAAGCCUGUCAAAAGCUAGAAGAACUCAUUAAAGUCCAUGACGUUGUAUUCCUUCUUCUUGAUAGUCGGGAAGCCCGUUGGCUGCCUACGUUGUUGUGCACUUACCAUAACAAGAUGGCUAUUACGGCGGCCCUUGGAUUCGAUACUUUUUUGGUGAUGCGCCAUGGCGUGCCUACUAAGCAGGGUGUAUCUCCAUCGUUAAUUGAACCUUCUUUUAAAGAACCCAAUUCGAACGAAAUUGAGGGGAGCCGUUUGGGUUGCUACUUUUGUAAUGAUGUUGUUGGUCCAGCUAAUUCAAAACGGGAUCAAACCUUGGAUCAACAGUGCACAGUUGCUCGCCCAGGUGUAUCAAUGAUGGCUUCUUCGUUGGCUGUUGAGUUGUGUGUUGGAGUUCUGCAACACCCCCAAGGACCACAGGCACCAGCCGAGCCUCGAAUGACCGCUGCAGAUCGCGCUGCAAUCAAUCAGACUCAUACUUUCAGUUUCCUACCUCAUCAAUUACGCGGCUUCCUUCCACAAUUCUCGGAAAUAGUGCCCUGCACAACCGCCUUUGGCAAAUGUUCUGCCUGCUCUCAGCUGGUGCUUGAUGCUUACGCAGCUGAGGGAUUUGACUUUCUCUUGCAAGUUUUCGAUGAUCCGAAAUAUGUCGAGGUCAUUUGUGGACUGAAUGCUCUUAGUACAGAGACCAAUUUUGACACUGUAAUCGCUUUAAGUGAUACCGAUGAAGAUUAA